AUGAUGGGACGCUGGGCGUGGGCACGCGGCUGGGUGCGUGGUGCGCACCGGCACGCACGCCAGGUGCCGCGGCAGCUGCCGCCGUCGCAGGCAUGGUCGGAGCAGCGCUGGACAUCGCGCACCAUGGUCGCGCUUUCGACCGGGAUGUUUUACCUCGGCGCCCUCCAGGGCUACCAGCAAGGCGAGGCGCAUGCGCGCGCGGAGCUCGCCCCGCCGCAGCCCAAGGCGGAGCCUCCGAGCGGCUUUACGCUCACCGGCGAUGUUCAGUCGCAGCGCUACACAUAG